CGAUAGACUAGAUCUACUUUGACAACUCGUCAGGAACGACUCUCGCUCGUCACAUUUCUCACAAUCGGCCAUGGCUUCUGCUGUAGCCUCCUCCUCCUCUAUAGCUUCCUCCGCCUCCGCGGCUGCUGGCAGGAAGCUGCUACCAGCGGCGGUGGCGGCUUUGCGAGCAUCUCCUUCGAUCUCUGCAGGCGGUACAGCAGCAGCAGCAGCAGCAGCAGCAGUUGGGAGCACGGACAGAGUCUCCAUCAGAGCCAGGAACUUUCGAACGCAGUCUCAAGUCGCCCCGCGACAAAGACGAUGCCAAGAAAGCAGUCUACUCGAGUCACAUGGCGCUUCUGCUCUUGCUGGUAGGGCACAUGUACCAGCGAGGCACCCUCGCCUCGCAUUGCAAAGCCUCUCCUCGCUUUCAAGACACCUCACUUUCUCAACUUCUGCCUCAUCUUCAUCUGCUACGCCUAUGAGCAGCCGGCGGAGCCUCCUAUCCCUCAGUGGACGUGACACUUACAAACUGUUGCAGGGUCUGAUGACAAAUGACGUGCGGCACCUCGAGGAGCAGGCCGGCCUUCUCACCUCGCGGAGUCAAGGUCAGAACAGCGAGGAUGCCACGCCGCAGAAAGCCUUCUACUGUGCCUUUCUCAACCCGCAGGGUCGCUUGAUCUCUACGGCUUUUCUCUACCCACACCCUUCCACCACGUCCGAUGUGCCGCAUGUAAUCGUGGACUGCCAUGAGGGGAACAAAGAGGCGUUACUUGGGUUCAUCAAGCGCUUCAAGCUUAGGAGCAAGGUCAAGAUCGCAGAAUUGGAGACGGAAGCGGGCCAGGGAGGAGCUACAGUGGGGUCGGAAGAGAGCGGGAGCAGCUGGACCGUACACAAGCUCUGGGGAGACGAUAGUGCCGUGCCUUCCUCGGACGCCAAGACCCACGUCUACCGUGACCCAAGGACUCCGAGCAUGGGCUACCGCAUCCUCACAUCUGCCUCUGGAACGGCGCAGCCUGCAGCGGGAAGGCAAUCCCCGUCCUACGAGCACCACCGUCUCACCCAGGGCGUACCGGACGGGCCAGAGGAGCUGGCAGAGAACCACGCGCUGCCCCUGGAGGCCAACUUGGACCUCAUGAACGGUGUUGACUUCCGCAAGGGAUGCUAUGUGGGUCAGGAGCUCACCGCUCGCACACAUCACACGGGCGUGGUGCGAAAGAGGAUCAUGCCUGUCAGAAUAUACGCACCUGAGGCUGCAAGCUCGGAGGGAGCGGGGCAGCCCGAUAUAGGAGGGGAUCUGAGGGCGCCGCCUGCUGCAACGAAUGCGACUGCUGCAGGUGCAGAGGGCAAGAGUCGCAGAUCCAAAUCAGCUGGCAAGCUACUGGCUGUCCUUCCGAAUGAAGCAGGCAGCGGUGGUAGUGGUGAACCCAGCCAUGUCGGCCUGGCCUCGCUCAGACUGGGCCUGCUUCCGAAGCAGAGCUUUGCGGAGGGAGGCUGGCUGACACUACAGGGGCAACGAGGAGUGGAAGGAGGUGGCGAUGGGAGUGGAGGCGAGUGGAGAGUGGAGCCUGUCUGGCCUGAGUGGUGGCCAGAGGAUCUCAAGGCGGAGUACCAGGGAGGAGGAGAUGCAGCCGGUGAAGAAUAAGGCGAGCUGCUUGCAUUGUACCCAUUUAUCAAAUGAAUCAGUGCGCCAGGACGUUCGUCGCAUGAACAGACGUAUCUGACUUGAGCAUUAUCAAUCUCAUAUUACUAAC